AAUGAAGCCUCGCGUCCGGUUCGUUGUGCGCGCGGCUUGGAAUCCCGACUUUCAUUCAGCAUUGAACACUGGAAAAUCGACUGCACUUGUAGAGGAGUUGCAUCGGACAACGGCACGGAAACCGACCGUUCUGGCCGUCUUUCUGGCAAGAAACAAGGCUCACACGCUGCCCUACUUUCUUGGCUACUUUGAACGUUUGCGAUAUCCGAAAGAGCGAAUCUCAAUAUGGAUUCAUACUGACCACAACGAUGAUGAUACUGAAUCAUUGCUGGAACAGUGGAAACAAGCUGUGGAGUCGCAAUACAAGCGUGUUGAUUUUAUCAGCUCGUCGGAUAUUGUGUAUACAGCGAACGGAGAGCACAAUGUUGAGUGGCCUCCAGAACGAUAUGAACAUCUGUUGCAGUUGAGGGAGCAAGCACUGAUUACUGCAAGAGAACGAAAAGUUCAUUAUGUGUUGUACAUCGACAUGGACAACAUGAUCAUCAAUCCACACAUGUUAUCUCGACUGAUAGAACAAAACAAAGACAUCAUUGCACCAAUGAUUGAACCUUGCUGCAACAAGUCGUAUUCAAAUUUCUGGUGUGGCGUCGAUGAGUCGGGAUUCUACCGACGCACCCAGGAAUAUUUUCCGACUUUGCUCCGGGAACGCAAGGGCUGUUUUGAGGUCCCAAUGGUUCAUUCGACGUUUCUGAUUGACAUGCGUUCCCGUGGAGCAAAGCGUUUGAGCUUUAUACAGGACAGCAGUUAUGACCUCUAUUUUGAUGAUCUAUUGGUGUUUGCACAUCAAGUGAAGCAAGCAGGAAUGAAACUGUUUGUUCUCAAUACCGAGGUGUUCAUGCAAAUGCCGCUAUCAAGCGAAUUCUUCUCAUCAUUGGAAGAAGAGCUGCAUUUGACGGAGAACUUUCUGACUAACGACCUAACGAAAUUUGGUCCAGUCAUUCGGAGUAAAUAUCUUCCAUAUGAUCGGCCAACCAUGACUGAUUUUGAAUUGGACAAGAUUUAUGUGAUAAAUAUGCCACAUCAGAAGGGUAGACGAUUGAGGAUGGAAUCUGUGCUUAAAGACUUUGGAAUCAAGGCCGAGUUUGCGGAUACUAUUGAUGAGAGGAGUCUUACGGAGGAACACUUGAGAGAUCUCGGUGUCAGGAUUCUGCAUGGUUAUCCAGAUGGUGUCGAGGGCAGACACUUUGGGAUGGCUGAAAUUGGACAUUUUCUUAAUCACUUCAAGAUUUGGGUUAACUUAAUGUCAAGCUCUAUUGAAAAAGUCUUAGUCUUAGAAGAUGAACUACAAUUUGAACCCAAUUUCAGACAAAGGUUCUUCCAAUUGUUGAAAGACGUCCAGAAAAGCAAUCUCGACUGGGACCUCAUAUACCUUGGUCGGAAACAAGUUGGCAACUUACCUGAACCGAGAGUGGAUGGCGUAGACAUGUUGGUUAGGCCACAGAAUUCUGUCCUGUCUCUUGCCUACUUGCUGUCUAAAAAUGGCGCAAAGAAACUGGUCUGGUCGCGGCCUCUUAGCAAAAUGAUUGCCGUCGGUGAGUAUCUGUCGGUCAUGUUCGACCAGCAUCCCAGAACUGACUGGAAAUCGCAAUUUAAAGGUCGUGGUUUGAAAGCAUUUUCAGCUCAACCAUUACUCGCGUAUCCAAGAGACGACUUCAAUCAUGAUUCUAUGAGCCAAGUAGAUCUAGGCAAUCAAGAGUCGACUCAUGUAGGUGCAAAUCGUGGAUUAAGAGAUGAACUUUAGUUAUGUGUAGACGAUUUUAUGGUGACAAUUUCUCUAUUUCGGCAUUUUUGUCGAGUGACAGUAAGGCUGCUUGUUAUCCAGCAGCGUAGCCAGAGCAAAAUUUUGGGGUUUCAUUAUUAAUAUUAAUUUGUUCGAAAUUAACUGUAUACAUAAAAUCACUUUAUUAGACUAUAAAAAAUAGAUGAGCAAC